CUCCGUUUCUCUGGCAUGUACUGGCCCUGCCGGGCUGCCGUAGCGACUGUUGCUGUGGAGCCGAUGGGCGCGGAAAUUCCUGCUGGGGGCCGGAAACUUUAUAGCAACUCGGAGCAGAGGGAGAGGUGGACGAGCGCCGAAACACAGUAAAUACCGGGGCUAAGGACUUCAAAACACACCGGGAAUUUAACAGCGAAACCGGGCAGGCACGCCACCCCGGAGAGAGUGGCAGAAGAAGGCAACAGGCGAGCUCGAGUGAACUAUAGCCGGUGAGUGUGAGCCCUCACAGCCGCGCACAGCCCCUGGCGGAGUUAGUGCUUCUGUUCUUGUUGGUGUAAAUAAAGAAUAAGCACGAAUACAGUAACCAACACUCACAGGACUGUUCAAGACUCGGUUAGUGCAAGACACUUGUUUCAGCAGAACACGACCCUGCAGAGGACAACAUCUUUUGUUAAAGAGCUGCCAUGGCGGAGAGUAUCCGGUUGGUGUCGUCGGGGGACGAUAUAAAGAUCUGGAACUCGUCGUCGAUGACCGUAGUGGAUCAGUUCAACCCCCAUGCCACCACUCACCCUGUCUCCAGAGUCUGCUGGAGCAGCAACAAUCAUUUCCUGGUCAGCGCCUGUGCUAGUGGGGAUAAAAUCGUGGUAUCGAGCUGCAAGUCCUCCCCAGUCCCUGUUCUGGACCUUGCUGAAGGGAAAAGGCAGACCUGUGUCAAUUUAAAUUCCACGUCCCAGUUCAUUGUGAGCGGUGGCCUUGACAACACCGUCAACAUCUGGGAUCUGAAGUCAAAGAAGCUGCACCGUUCCCUCAAGGAUCACAAGGAUGUGGUUACCUGUGUGUCCUUCAAUGGAAACGAUAGCUACAUUGCUUCUGGGUCAACAAGUGGUGAAAUUAUAUUGCACAGCAUUACCACCAACCUGUCCAGCACUCCUUUUGGUCAUGGGAGCACACAGCCUAUCCAGGAUUUGAAAUACUCGUCUGUGAAGAAGUCCCUGAUGGGCAGUGUGUCUGACAGUGGCACAGUGGUUCUGUGGGACGCCAACACUCAGAAACCCCAGCACACCUUCGAAAGCGCUCACAAGGCUCCAGCCUGUGGGCUGUGCUUUUCGCCCGCUAACGAGCUGCUGUUUGUCACCGUGGGUUUGGAUAAGAGGAUCAUCUGCUAUGACACUUCCAGCAAGAAGGUCCUGCGAGGCAUGGUGGCAGAGUCCCCCCUCACUGCGAUAGACUUCAUGCCGGACGGAGCCGUCCUGGCGGUGGGCUCGUCCCGAGGGAAGAUCUACCUGUACGAUCUCAGGAUGCUGACGUCUCCAGUGAAGACUGUGUCCGCCCACAAGACGUCGGUGCAGUGCCUAAAAUUCCAACACUCCCCCUCCCAGACCAAGUCAAGUAGCAAAACUUCUGCAAGCAAGUCCUCCACUACUCUGUCUGCCAGCACCUAUAAGAGAGCUACAGUCCAGAGCAGCACAAGAGAGGCGCUCCAGAAACCAGCAGCACCAGCAGCCCAGCACACAUUCGGGGCACCGGCAGCCGGGGAGAGAGGAGACGGGAGGCAAGAUAACUCAGCAGAAAUGCCUCGCAGCACCAGCCUGGAUGUCUUCCCAUCAAAAGAGACGGACAGUCUGAAGAGCAUUAACCACCUCCCCAGCUUGGAAAAAUUCGACAACGUGGGGAGAAACAGCCUGAGUGACGUGCUCUCUCCAGUGCGAGACGAUUACACCACACAGAAAGGAAGUGGAGACUGCUCGAAAGGAGAUGGGCUGGAUUUCCUCUCCCAGUUCACCAGCGGACUGCCUGCCCGCAGAGCUCCUCUGGGGACCCCCGGGGUGCAGACCAGCCCUUUCAACAUGUUCGGGGACUCCCCGCAGCCAGUCCGAGAGGAGGAGGAGGAGGAGCCCAAACGAGGGCGGGCACAGCUGGGACUCCAGGACACCAAGCUGAUUUCCAAGGGAAGCAGCUCUGCCACAGAGCCAGCGAGCAUGAACACUACCGGGAUGCUGGGCAGCUUUAAAUCUCCGGACAUGAGAGGGAAGGAUGUCCAGACAAAGCUGCAGUACGAAUCUCCAGUGAACGGAGCCCUGCCUUCUGUACCAAUUUUGAGCCCAAGCCCGGGGGUCUCUGCUGCUGGAGUGGCUUCCUCGUUGUCGGAGAGGAUUGCCGAUACCAUUGGGAGUGAUGGCAGCAAUGCGCCGCUGACCUCCAUUCAGAUCCACUUCAUCAGGAACAUGAUCCAGGAGACGCUGGAAGACUUCAGAGAGUCCUGUCACAGGGAUAUUGUGAACCUGCAGGUGGAGAUGAUCAGGCAGUUCUACAUACAGCUGAAUGAAAUCCACUCUCUGAUUGAAAGGUACUCCGUUACAGACGUGCUAGUGGCAGAAAUUGAAAAGCUGAAAGAGGAAAACAAAAAACUCCGGACCAAUUUCUGAAAGCUGCCUCUUUGUGCCAGGAGGGCUGUGCUCAGCUAGUCCGAGCAUAGCCAUGGAGGAUAUUUCAGUGUGAACAGACAUGCGUGUUUUCAGAGGCCCUGCCUAGUGCUGGGGUGGGGUGAGUGAAGAGAUUGACAAGCUUCUUUAUAAAGGAGCGCUGCCCCUGUGAGGGGAGCUGACUGCUAUCAGGAGAGAUCUCUCUCCUCUGUGGUAAAACACAUGGUGCCUUGAUAUAUUAUAACGUAUCAUUCAGUUUAGGACUCUGUCCCUUAACAGAGUGAGCUUUGCCAUGUUCCUAAAGCUUCAGAAGACUCUCCGUGCUGUUACCUGUGUUUGGGUACAGUCCCUGGUUUGCAGGAAGCUAUGCAGAUUGUCUUAACCAGUACCCCUCUCUACCUCUUUAUAACUCGAGUUCUGCAGUAACUCUUCCCUCCUAUACCUCACGCUAAUGCACUAGUCAAGCAUACCUUCUGUGUUUUGCAUGGACUCGACAGUCCUCUUAACGUGUUCAGCGUGUCCUUUAUAAAGGGAUGGAGAGUCAGGUCAGGACUGGUCUGGUGGGGGCUGUGUGGAAAAAAGUACUUUACUAUAGCCCCUCGUCCAGCAGCUUCUAAUUCAACUCAAAAACACCAACAACUUUGCACGUCAAAUCUGCCAGUUUAUUGAACAUUGCAUUGAAAGCAAAGUGGAUAUUGUUCUAAAACAAUUUGUUGUCUCCUUUAAUUAAAAUGGUAAUGUAUUUACACAGAUAGAAACACAAAGUGAAGCCUAAUCAUCUGCUUUGAAUUGACACUCGGUAGAGCAGGAGUUCUUAAUGCUUUACUGUGUAGUGUUAAAGAAACCCUGUGCAGACCACACCUUUGUUUUUGUGUGUGGGGAUGUUCUCAUCAGCAGGUUUUAAAGCUCCUUUGCUUGCUUGAGCAAAUUACUACUUAAAUUGAAAAAAUUAAUUUGUCUAAGUCUUCAGAAGCUGAUGAUUUAAAGGUAAUAUAAGGACCUUUUUAUUUUAUUGUGUUACAUGUUCCCAUGUGUUGCUACAGCUGUUUACAUAAGGUGUGUGUAUUGUUUUAAUUUUUUUUAACUUUUAAAUUGCAUUCCCUACCUCAAGAUGGCUUCCCAUGUACCUGCAUUUACCUCUCAGAACUACAUUUCCCAUCAUCCUCCUGCUCACUGGUAAAUCCAUUUCAGUUACAUAUGUGAGCAGGAGAAUGGUGGGAAGUGUAGUUCUGAGGUCCAUGCAGGUACAUUGGAAGCCAUCUUGUGGCAGGGAAUGCAAUUUAAAAGUUUAAAAAAGUGGCCAAAAUGUAAAUAAAAAUUAAAACAAUACACACACCUUCUGUAAACAGUUAUAGCAACACAUGGGAACAUGUAACACAAUCAAAUAGAAAGGUCCUUGUAUACCCUUUUAAGGGUUACCUAUAAAACCUGCUGGAUUGUGGCUUUCCAGGACCAGGGUUGGCCACCCCUGGUCUAGAGGUGCAAAGAAAUAAACUUUAUGUAAGCAAUUCCUAAACUCCUCAGUGAUGCACAGUAGUCUGUAGCUGAUCGUGGAUACAGACAGGCCUGUAAAAAAACAUGGGCUGUUUGCAGACCAAUAUCCACAUCAUUGGCCAGGGGGUAGAAUAAAUCUAUCUAUUUAAACAAAUACAUCUGACUGUUGCUUAUAAAAAUCAAAAUUGGUUUAUUUCUUUUGACUCAAUUGAAAAGCUUGCAAUACAACUAACAUUAAAAUGAAAGCAAUAAAUUCCAGAUACUGACUGCUUGAUAUUCAGGAGGAGGCUUAUGAAGUGCUGCUGCUGUGCUCAGAAGUUGUCUUGAGGUACCAAUGCACUCAGUAGAUACCCGUGCAGACCAUGGUCCUGGAGCAUGUUUCUUCAUGAGACAGUGAGGCUGUCUGGGGAAGUUUUUAAAUGUAUUCAUCAGUGGAAACUUUCUGGUUCACUACCAGGCUAACUGGAGGGACAUGUAAAUGACUGAGGGCUUGAAACCUAGAUGAUCUUAAUGCUUAAUUUAACAAGAGGUUACAGAUUAAAACAACACAUUUAUUAACAUUAAGAAGCUAUGUUGAGCACUGAAAGUAUUAAGAGCUCUGAAAGUUCAUUGCACUUGCAUGGAACAGUUUUAAAGCCUGGGUGCGCAGAGAACACAUAAUGGAGUGGAGUCUCUGUCAUUUCAUCAGCUUUGCUGCAGCUUUCUUUUGUAUUUCAAACCAGAAAUGCCUUGGCUUGUAGAAUCAGCACAACUUGUAAAUGUUAACUAUAUUUGUACCUUCUGUAUAGAUGUGUAAAGAAUAAAAAAGCGAGCUCUGUAUUUGAAA